AUGUCCAUCGACUUCACCAGCAGUCCCAUGGAAGUUUCCAUCAUUGACCCUGGGGCAUUGAACCCUUUGUAUGGUAAUUCUUCCGAGACAGCUAAAGGGCCCUGGUACAUAUUGAUGGAGCCCCUGGAUGGCCUUGUCUUCACUCGGGAUAGGAAAGAACAUGCUCUCCGCCGGAAGAUUGUGGACCAAAGUCUUAGCAGCAAAGCCCUCGUGACAUACGAGCCAGUAAUAGCCAAAUGCACCGAGCAGCUGUUGCAGAUAAUCGAGGGCCGAUCGGGAAAUCCAAUUAACAUAACCGAGUGGCUAAAACGGUACAGUUUCGAAAUCAUGGGUCAUCUUAUUUUCGGUAGACCGUUCAAUACAAUUUCCGAGGAAGGGGGAGAUACCUUUCUACUGGAUUCUAUCCAUUCCGACACGAAUAUGAUGGGGUAUUUGAGACAUAUGCCUUGGAUACCAGCCCUCUUGAUCAAGACACCCCUUUUUCGAAAAAAGAAUACGCGGUUCUGGACGUGGCUUCAGACUAACUUUAGACAGAGAACAGAGAAAGGAUCACCGAAUCCUGACAUCUUCUCCUUGCUACUUAGUGCUCACGGAAAAGGCCCAAAGACAAGGCUAGAUACCUACAAGCUAUGUGGACUAGGGUAUUCUAUCUUACUUGCAGGAAGCGAUACGACAUUCUCCGUGGCUACAAACGUUUUCUUUAACCUAGCGCGCGAUCGCGCACUUACACACAAGUUGCAACAAGCAUUAGACGAUGUUCCCGACAUGAGCGAGCAUAAUCUGCGGAAAAUAGACCUUCUUAACGCCGUGAUCUAUGAGACGCUUCGCUUAUAUGCGCCCGUUGCCGCGGGUCUCAACGCAUUACCCCCAAGGAAGGCAUCCACAUAG